AUGAUCCCCUCAACAGUCGCCCAACAGGGCGAUCUUCCUCGAAUUCUAUCAAAGCGCAAACGUCGGCGCGCCCAUACUUGCUCGUCCUCCAGCACUCCCCAAGAGUCGCAGGAAAACGCAUGGAAAUCAGCUCCAACGUCAGGUUCCAUGCCCCAUCCCCUGUUUUUCGCCCUCUUGCUCUCCCUGCUGGCAAUCGUCUCGGCUGCGCAACCAUGCGUCCGCUUUGCCGACUAUGACUCUAUCAACCAAUUGUUCAUCGACGGUGGACCUGGCGCCAAAGUGCUGCUCUGUCCCAAUCGCCUGUAUCGGCUAUCCGGCCCCAUCGUUUUUACAGCUGCCGACCAAGAGCUCGCAACGUACGGGUACCCGACGGGAUCCGAACGUGCUGUUCUCCGAGUCGAGGGACGAGAUUCUGCCACAGCUAUCCAAGGAGACUGCCGGAGAUGUGCUCGAGUAUCGGUCAAGAAUGUGGUGGUAGAUGGAAACAGAAAGAAGCUGGGCCGGAUGAAGGAUGUCGGCCUUGCCACGGGUUUGGUCGUCUUGGGUGGGAACGAAGGGCAAAGCGUCCAGGAGUCUUGGAUCAAGCAUCCCCGCGGCUUUACUGCUAUCCAUAUUCGGGAAGGCGACAAGCUCCAGUGUACAGGGGCUGUGAUCGAAAAGAACGAGAUCGGUCCUGUGGGAGAAGAGUUUGACCCAGAGAAAGACGGGGACGAUCCCGAAAUGUCGCCUCUCGGUAGACCGUUGGCAGAUGGUGUCUCUAUCGCCUGUCGAGACUCUUUCGUCCGGGACAAUACCUUCUACGACAAUACCGACGCUGCAGUCGUCGUCUACUGCUCGCCAGGUACACUUAUCCACGCCAACCACAUCUUUGCCCGCGGUCUCUCCGCCAUGGCAGGUAUCCUCCUCGUCGACUCUACACCCUUUGACGGAGACUACUCUGGCGUCGUCGUCAAAUCCAACAUUAUCGAUGCCGCCUCGCGCACCAUCCGGGUCGGUAUCGGAAUCGGCCCCACAGUCUGGUCCGACGACACCGAGACGGUCCUCACGGGCGGUAGUGUGAUCGGCAACGGUCUGAAAGGACGAUACAUGGGCUACGGUAUCGCGGCCGCGGGAUUGAAAAAGUGGACAGUGAAGGAUAACUGGGAUGAAGCAAAGCAUGAGGGGAGCAAGAGUGCGAGAUGCUUUGACGAGCCUGUGAACCCUGAUCCCAUGGGGCUGCUGUAUAACGCGCCGACUAUUGAGGAUAGUACUUUCCAGAUCGGCUUUGCGGACCACGAUUUCCAAUAUCUGGUCUGCAUUGAUGGGAUCUACGACAAGAGUAAUCCUCCCAAGCACGACCUCCCUCCCUUACCCCAUGAUCUCGGAAGCCCAUCAGAAAACGAACGAGACGCCAAAGAUCAAGUAGAUGACUCUACAGAAGAACUAGAGGCAGGGACAGAAGAGGCAGAAACUGCCGGGGGACACAUGUUUGCCACGGGAUCAGACAUGAUGGACGAUAUUCUGGAGCAUUCUCACCAGAGAAUGAUGGAGGCUAUUGACCAUUUGAACAGAAGGGUUGAUGUCCUUGGUUCAAAGGUGCAGAGCGAGGGUGGGGAACCUGGCUCUGCAGCUGCUCUUGACCCAAAGAUGUCAUCUCAUCUGGAAAAGCUGCAAAGACGCAUGGAGCAUCUGCAAUUCACCCAAAAGGCGCACGCUGAGGCUGCUAAUCAGCUGCGUACUGCCAUACAGUCUUGGGACACAGAGACUGCUUCCGUCAUGGACUGGCAAUACGACAUCCUCCUUGACGUCCGUCACAAACUCGAACUGUCAAUCCAACCAGCCGAUCAAGCUUUUGAUAUUGAUGCUCUGAAAGAGGCGUCUCUCCGCGCAGGCGGUAUCCCAGAAGACCACAGCGUCCAUCAAGUGGAUGACCACUCGCAUCCUGGGAUAGAGGGCGAGAGUCUGAGACGGUUGAGUCAUCGGGCGAGAUACGGUGUCGACGGAGGAGACGAGUGGACGUUGCUAGGGGUCGUCAAGUUGAUUCUGGUCAGUGCUAGCGUGCUAGCGGUCGGGUGGGCGGCGCGGAGGUGGAGAAAGAGGAGUACACACGGAAAACUGCUAUAG